AAUUACUUAAGGAUGCAAUAAAAACUAUCAACAAAUAUCCAUUAUCACAAAACCCAGCUGUAAUCGCUGGCAACAGAUAAUAUAAUGACGAGUUAAAGGCCAAGAAAUUAUUUUGCGAUGAGAUAAAUAUGUAGACACAAUAAUUCUUUUAAAAUAGUUUGAAGAUUAAAAGUGAAAAGACGUAUAUGUGUGUGCAAUAGAUUUGGAAAAAUGUCUUAUAAGGAAAUUAAUGAAAAACUGGACUUCUCAUCAUGUAAGGUUCAGAAACAGUAUAUACGAGAGCCCAACCUACUAAGAACCUUGUGUAUAAACAUAAUUAGUCUCAUUUUUUUCAUAAUAUCUAUAACAUUUUUUUUCUUCUACAGAAAAAUUAUAGAAAUUUAUUUAAAAUUUAAAAUAGGUAAUUUAUAUGGAGGUGUUCUAGCUUGCGAAGAUCUAAUCUUUUUUAUGCCUGACGUAUCAAAGUGCCAUAUUACCACUGUAGUAUACGCUCGGUCUGGAAAAGUGGAUAUGGUUAAGAGAGUUAAAGAAAUUAUACAAGAGAAGGUUUUUGAUGAACCUGAUAACUAUCCCAAGCUUACUAGUACAGUUCACCCAUUUGGAGGGUACUAUUAUAGGAAAAAAUACCAGUGUAACGUAAAUGACGUAGUUAAGGAAAUUAAACUUAAAAAUAAUAAAGAGCUUACAGAAGAAUAUUUAAAGAAAUUUACUGGCGAGGUAACAAAUUCUGAAUUUGGGAAAAGCGGAACUCUCCUUUGGGAAAUACAUGUUGGAUCAAGUUCAAUUAAAAAUAAAGCAAAUGGUACUUAUACCUAUCCGAUAAUCUCAAGAUUUCAUCAUUCAAUUGCUGAUGGAACUUCUCUAGUUUCUCUCCUGAUUCAAAUCUUUGGAGAUAGUUCUUGCCAAAAUUAUGGUGAAAAACUUUUUCAACAGAAGCUUAAAAAUCCGCACCAAAUAAGGAAAGAAACAUGCGUUCAGAAAUGGCUAGUUUUAAUUAUAACAAAUUUGUUUAAAAAAGCCCUCUUGUAUUUGGAACUUAUCUUCAUUUCAUUUGGAAGGCUUGCAGAAUUAAAUCAACUUAAACAAAUCGACAUAAAUCCCUUGCAUGGUACUAACUAUACAGGAGAAAAGUUAUGUGCCUGGGCAUCAGAAGACAAAGUAGAAUGUAUUCCUUUAGUAAAAAGCAUUAAAAAUAGAUGCCAAACUAAAUUUACUACUGUUAUUUGUACUGCAGUUACUGCCAGUUUAUCACAUUAUUUUAAGAGAAAUCAAUAUCCAAUUCCAGAAUAUAUGUCUGGAUUUAUAACAAUGCUCCUAGAUUAUCCAGACGUGGAUAUGUCUAAACCUGUGGCACUUAGAAAUAAAACUGGUGGUUCAGUGUUUGAAUUACCGAUGCUUUAUGGAUCUAAAACAUUACAAGAGAUAUUUACAACUAUAUCUCAAGAAACGAGUAAGCAAAUACGACUAGCAGAUGCUUUGGCAAUGACCAUUCUUUUACGUUUCAUUACGUAUAUUCCAAUGACCUUACUUAAAUUGAAUUAUGGUUGGUCAGCUCAUACUUACAUUUUAACCAACGUACCUGGUGGCUCACACAUUACUACUCAAGAUGGUUGGGUUUUUGAAAAAAUCAUUCCUAUUGCGCCAAAUAUGGUAAAAGUUGGUUUAUCAAUUGCUCUACUAAGCUAUGAUGAGAAGUUCCAGAUAGGAGUAUUAGUCGAAAAGAAACUUAUUCAAUCUCAGCAGGAACUACAACAAAUCGCAGAUGAUAUUCUUUUUUAUAUAAAGGCAUUAGAUAAUCAAACAAAAUAGUAUUUAAUUUUAGAACUAAUAGGAAAUGUGUUUGUUCUUAGCAAGUUUUUAAUAUUUUAUCAGUUCUAGUUGUAUUAUUGAUUUAAAAUAAAUAUUUAAAUUAC